GGGAGCUGUGUUCAGGUUCUUUCAGUUAUUUUAACCUAACCUCACUUGGCUCGGGAGGUGAAUGAAAUUUGUUGAAGAGAUUUAAUAAAUUUAUUUUGAUUUCUAUUUAAAAAAAUAAUUAUACAAAUAAGAAUCACAAUGACACCUCCAAUGGAAAGAAUCCAAACUUUAGAGAAUAUUGAAAAGGAUAUUAUAUUGUGUUUACAAAGUGCAGGACAAGCUUGCCUGGAACUGAGCAAAGAGAAAUCUAGUUUGAAACAAGCAGAAUCUCACACACAUCAAUUUAUAAAAACUCUGGGACAAUUGGAAACUAAAUUGAGUGAACAGAUUAAUUAUCUUACACAAGUUUCUACUGGCCAACCACAUGAAGGUUCUGGAUACGCGAGUCAGAAAGUGCUACAAAUGGCAUGGCACAGAUUAGAGCAUGCACGGAGCAGAGUUAAUGAGUUAGAGCGCAUAAAAAACAAACUAAGAUGAGUACAUAACUUUUCUCACAAUCUAAAAUAUUAUAUUGUGAAGUAACAUUAUAUUAAUGUUACACUGUAAAUAUAAGUAAUAUUACAUCACUAUCAUCAUAUUGAAUUACACACUGACAUUAACAAUUUUUCUAAAUCCAAAAAUUAAAAAAAUAAAUUAUAUUUGUAAAUUACUUCUACUACAGAUUAAAUUGUGAGAGACAUUUUAUAACGAACAAACAUAAUGAUAAGACCAUUUUUUAAGUAUUC